CAGAUGCAGAAUGACUCGACCUCCAUCUCGGAAGCGUCUGCCAUGACGUAUCCCAACGUCAGCGUGGCCAACGUCAGCGGCCACGCCCCCGAAAACGACGUCUACCGGCCCUUCUCCCUGUUUAGCGUGCUCACGCUGACCCUGCUGGCCAUGCUGGCCGUGGCCACCUUCGUGUGGAACCUGCUGGUGCUGGUCACCAUCCUGCGGGUGCGCACCUUCCACCGGGUGCCCCACAACCUGGUGGCGUCCAUGGCCAUCUCCGACGUGAUGGUGGCGGCGCUGGUGAUGCCGCUGAGCCUGGUGCACGAGCUGAACGGACGCCUGUGGAAGCUGGGCCGCGUGCUCUGCCAGGUGUGGAUCUCCUUCGACGUGCUGUGCUGCACGGCCAGCAUCUGGAACGUGACGGCCAUCGCUUUGGACCGCUACUGGUCCAUCACGCGCCACCUGGAGUACACGCUCAAGACGCGCAAGAAGAUUUCCAACGUGAUGAUCGCCCUCACGUGGCUGCUGUCAUCCAUCAUCUCGCUCUCGCCGCUCUUCGGUUGGGGCGAGACGUACACCGAGGGCAUGAAGUGCCAGGUGAGCCAGGUGCCGUCCUACACCAUCUUCUCCACGUUCGGCGCCUUCUACCUGCCGCUCUGCGUGGUGCUCUUCGUCUACUGGAAGAUCUACAAGGCGGCCAAGUUCCGGAUCGGUUCUCGCAAGAGCAACACCAUCACGCCCAUGGCAGAGGUGAAAGAAGAAGCGCGCCAGCCGCAGAUGGUGUUCACGGUCAGGCACGCCACCGUCACCUUCCAGACGGAUGGCGACACGUGGCGCGAGCAAAAGGAGAAGAAGGCGGCGCUCAUGGUGGGCAUCCUGAUUGGCGUCUUUGUGCUCUGCUGGAUCCCGUUCUUCAUCACCGAGCUCAUCAUGCCGCUGUGCUCCUGCGACAUCCCGCCCAUCUGGAAGAGCAUCUUCCUCUGGCUCGGCUACUCCAACUCCUUCUUCAACCCGCUCAUCUACACCGCCUUCAACAAGAACUACAACAACGCCCUAAGGAACCUCUUCUCCAGGCAGCGUUGA